UGGGGACUGGAACUUCCGCUUCAGCCCGAGAGCAGCAGGCGCCUAGGUCCUGGUCCCACUGCUGCCCAACCCAGCGGCAUCACCGGACUCCAGGUUCCCAGGCGGUAGCUGAGACGGGGCGGUGAUGACGGCCCCGAGGGGCUGCGUUCUGGUGCUGCUGCUGCUCCUGAGUCUGUCGGGUGCCUCCAGGGCCCAGAGCAGCUGUACUGGACACGCGGCCAUCCCCGGCAUCCCGGGCAUCCCCGGUGCACCAGGCUCUAACGGCAAACCUGGGACCCCAGGGACAAAGGGAGAGAAAGGGCUGCCAGGGCUGGCUGGAGACCAUGGCGAGUUUGGGGAGAAGGGAGACCCAGGGAUGCCUGGGAAACCAGGCAAAGUAGGCCCCAAGGGCCCCAUUGGCCCCAAAGGUUCCCCAGGCCCCCCCGGACCCCGUGGCCCCAAGGGCGAGUCAGGGGACUAUAAGGCCACACAGAAAAUCGCCUUCUCUGCCACGAGGACCAUCAACAGCGUCCUGCGGCGGGAGCAGCCCAUCCGCUUCGACCACGUGAUCACCAACGAGAACCGCAACUACGAACCCCGAAGCGGCAAGUUCACCUGCAAUGUGCCCGGCAUAUACUACUUCGCCUACCACGCCAGCUCACGAGGGAACCUGUGCGUGAACCUCAUGCGGGGCCGGGAGCGCAUGGAGAAGGUGGUCACCUUCUGCGACUAUGCCCAGAACACCUUCCAGGUCACCACGGGCGGUGUGGUCCUCAAGCUGAGCGAGGGGGAGAACGUGUUUCUGCAGGCCACAGACAAGAACGCCCUGCUGGGCUUGGAAGGUGCCAAUAGCAUCUUCUCUGGGUUCUUGCUCUUCCCAGACACAGAGGUGUGAGCUGUGGGGCUGGUUGGCUCCCUCCCCAUCCCUUCCCCAUGCCAGCAAGGCUCACUUGGACCCCCACCCCCACCCCCACCAGACCAAAAUGCACAGUAGGGCUCCGUGGAUGUUGCUGAAGGAAUGAGCAAAUAAACUUUCCAAGGCCAAAGGA